AUGGCUCGCGUCGCUCAGAUUCCGCGCGCCAACAGCAGCGCACCAAGUCGCUCUGGAAGCAGAGUCACCUCUGGUUCCAUGACCAACUCGCCCUUCAAAUCCCCAGUCAAGAUCCCUCUCAACGACGAUGCCGAGGAGAAAGCAAGAAGAUUACAUUCGCGUCAGGCCCUUCAGGAGGCCCAUGUCAACAAACUCAAGGCCGCCGCCUCCACGCCCUUGCGCAAGGCCAGUGUCAACCUGAAUGAUCUCGAGAAUGAUUCACCUGCCUCCCCCCCUCAGCGACAGAAAACGCCGCGUCCUCGCGCAAGGACGCUUGUCGGUGACGAUGAAGACGUUGUGGUUUCUGGCACUGCCGUCACGCCUAUGAAGCGCGUCCCGAUCUUGGCCAACUUCGAGGAAUGGAUGAAGAUGGCGACAGAUAACAAGAUCAACGCGACCAACUCAUGGAACUUCGCUCUGAUCGACUAUUUCCACGAUAUGUCACUGCUCAAGGAGGGCGACGGCGUCAACUUUCAGAAGGCCAGCUGCACACUGGAUGGCUGUGUAAAGAUCUACACCAGCAGAGUUGACAGUGUUGCCACAGAGACCGGCAAGCUGCUGAGCGGCUUAGCUGACAGUAGGGACAGCAAGAAGAAGAGGGGCGAGGGCGAAGACGGUGAGGGCGAGGAUAGCGAGGAGGAGGUCGACGAGGACGGCAAUGUUCGCAAGAAGCCCAAACGCAAGGCCCAGCGAUCAUCCGAGGCCACCCUGGCGCCGUCAUUUGCAUCACUACAGCUGAAGAAGUUCGAACUGGAAUUCGCCGUGGACCCUCUCUUCAAGAAAGCAUCAGCAGACUUUGACGAGGGCGGCGCCAAAGGUCUCUUGCUCAACCACUUGAUGAUCGACUCCAAGGGAAGAAUUGUCUUCGACAGUAGCGAUGAUUCAGUAGACUCCUCCGAGACCAAGAAAAAACGCAAAAGAGGUGAUGACGAAGAAGGUGAGGUGGAUGAAGAGGACCAGUCCGAUGCCGAGAGUGAGACCUCGACCGUUCAGCCUUCGCAAGAAGCUGAGGAGGAGGAAGACGUGGAGAUCGACCUUGCUACACUCGGUGGCCGAUUCUUCCCUGAUCCGUCUCGACUGGAUGCCCUGGACGUAUGUCCUUCACUCAAGACUUUUGACCUCGGCGACCCGUCUGGGUCUCUCGACAUCCCCUUCCUACGAGCGCCCGAGGAUUGGCGGCAGGAGCAGGAGAAGGAGGCUGCAGAGCGUGCUCUUGGCGACACAUCGGGCAUGGAGAUUGACGACGAUAACCUUCUUGGUUUUGAUGACGGUGAAGGUCUUGGCGACUUCUCAAUAGGAGGUGAUGAAGCAGCCUUGGAACCCCAGAUGCGUGUCUUCGACGCCGGCCUGGGGGAAGACGGCGCUGAGGGUGAGGGCAAUGACAUGAUGGACACCUCUGGAAACGAUGACUUCAACGUGUCCAUGAUGCAUGCCCAGAAGCCUGAUAGGAUGCACGAGGACAUCUUGGCAUACUUCGACCAGGCACUGCAAAAGAAUUGGAGCAAUGCCGAGCACUGGCGGAUAAAAAAGAUCAAAGACAUCAACAAGCCAGCACAGACCAAGCAGCGCAAGGAGAAGGAGCCAUUUGAGAUCGACUUCGCAUCUCCUAUGACUACUGCUCUCGGCGAGGUGUUGUACACGCAGGCGACCUCGAACAACGCCAUCUCCCUGCAGAAGAAGGACUGGAAAUCGAAGACCCGGAAUCUGCUCCCCGACGACAAGCACUUCAACUCGAAACAGCUGUUGAGCCUCUUCCUCAAGCCUAAAGCCCGCAUGGGUCGGCGAAGGGGAGUGGGCAAGCGUGGAGUCUUUGGCAACGCAGACACCCGCCAGAAUGUGCCAGAGGGGGAGAUGAACGAGGCAUUCUGGGCCGCCCAGAAGGCGCCUAUGCAGAGCAUUGAGGGCAACGAUGAUGACGCCGCUCUCCCUCAAGGCGACUACGAUGCCAACUUCUUCCAGGACGACGGCUUGCCCUUUGCCGGCGACCUUGAUGACGAUGAUGAUGAGUUCGCUGAUGCACGUGAUCACUUCUCCCCCGGUGCGGACCCAGGAGCUAUGGAGACAAUUGGUGCCACGGGCGCUUUCAACGGUCUCACGGUUACCAACCCUGCAGAUCUGGCGUUCGGCACCAUGCUGGUCACCCAAAACAGGCGGGUGCGGCCUGAGUAUGUGAACUACGCACGCGUGGCCAAGAAGGUGGAUAUCAGGAAGCUCAAAGAGUCCAUAUGGCAAGGCAUGGACAUGGAAAGGCUGGAUUCGGUAAGCCCGGCACCCUCACGAGCACUUGGAGUCAAGUCUAAUGCAUUCUCGCAGCUACCGCCGCCGCCACCUAUACCGGAAGAGAGCAACAACGAGCCUCCUGCUCCGUCCGAGAACAACCCUACGCUUAAGUUUACCAAUCUCGUCAACGACCUGCAGAAAGUCUAUCCCAAACCUGUCAUGGACGACAUCUCGACCAGCUUCUGCUUUAUAUGUGUGCUACAUUUGGCCAACGAGAAGGGUCUCCUCAUCGAGAAUACGGAGCAGCUCACGGACUUGACCAUUCGCAAGGACUGGACGGCCGAGAUCACUGAGGGAGAUGCAUGA